AGAAAGAAAGAUCGACAGCCCGAUUCCAACCGAGCCCUCCUCCUCCGCAGCUGCCCCCGCCCAGUAAAAAACUCCCCACCGUCGCCGAGCCGUUCGAACCGCCCGCCCCGGGCGGGAUCCGAUGCUCUCCGGCGACCAGGACCUCCCCGACGGCAUCGGGAUGGCGCGCCUGGCCUGGUCGCGCCUCCCCACCGCCGACGGCGCCGCGCCCGAGGCCCCCGCGGCCGCCCAGGACGAGCUCUUCGUCGGCGCCGUCGAGAGCCUCGACUACGAGGUCAUCGAGAACUACGCCUACCGGGAGGAGCAGGCGCAGCGGAGCAAGUUCUGGGUGCCCUACUACAUCAUGCUCAAGUGGUUCUUCGCCCUGCUCAUCGGCGUCGGCACUGGAUUGGCUGCUAUAUUCAUAAAUUUGGCCGUUGAGAACUUCUCUGGAUGGAAAUUUACUUUGACUUUUGCUAUUAUACAACACUCAUAUCUUGUGGGGUUCUUGGUGUACAUACUUCUCAAUCUUGCCCUCGUCUUCUCUUCUGUAUACAUAGUCACACAAUUUGCACCAGCAGCUGCUGGAUCUGGUAUCCCGGAGAUCAAAGGUUACUUAAAUGGAGUUGAUACACAUGGAAUCCUCCUUUUUAGGACAUUAGUUGGGAAGAUUUUUGGGAGCAUCGGAUCAGUUGGAGGUGGAUUGGCUCUAGGAAAAGAAGGUCCUCUUGUUCACACUGGAGCCUGCAUUGCUUCUCUUCUUGGGCAAGGUGGAUCAGCGAAGUACCACUUGAAUUCUAGAUGGGUACAGAUUUUUGAAAGUGAUCGAGAUCGGCGAGAUCUUGUGACAUGUGGAUGUGCAGCUGGAGUUGCUGCCGCCUUCAGAGCUCCGGUUGGUGGGGUACUAUUUGCUCUGGAGGAAGUUACAUCCUGGUGGAGAAGCCAUCUUAUGUGGAGAGUAUUCUUUACAUCUGCUGUCGUGGCUGUUGUGGUGCGAUCAGCAAUGAAUUGGUGUAACAGUGGAAAAUGUGGUCAUUUUGGGGCUGGGGGUUUCAUAAUCUGGGACAUAUCUGGAGGUCAAGAAGAUUACUCUUACCAGGAACUUCUGCCGGUGGCAAUUAUUGGUGUUAUUGGAGGACUUCUUGGAGCGCUUUUUAAUCAACUCACCCUGUAUAUAACCAAAUGGCGGCGAACAUAUCUUCAUAAGAAAGGGAAACGAGUCCAGAUUUUUGAAGCUUGCCUCAUAUCUUUGAUAACAUCCACUGUUUCCUUUGUGUUGCCACUACUGAGGAAAUGCAGCCCAUGUCCUGAAUUAGAAACCAGUUCUGGUAUCCAGUGCCCUCAUCCGCCUGGAACAGAUGGGAAUUUUGUUAAUUUUUACUGCUCAAAAGAUAAUGAAUACAAUGAUUUGGCAACCAUUUUCUUCAAUUCUCAGGAUGAUGCAAUACGCAACCUGUUCAGUGCAAAAACAUUCCAUGAGUACAGCGCACAAAGCCUUAUCACUUUCCUGGUCAUGUUUUACUCCUUAGCUGUUGUAACAUUUGGAACUGCUGUUCCAGCUGGACAGUUUGUUCCAGGAAUAAUGAUCGGAUCUACGUAUGGUCGGCUUGUUGGGAUGUCUGUUGUUAAGUUUUAUAAGAAACUAAAUGUUGACGAGGGCACGUAUGCUCUACUUGGUGCCGCUUCGUUUCUUGGUGGUUCAAUGAGAAUGACCGUAUCUUUAUGUGUUAUUAUGGUCGAGAUUACAAAUAACUUGCAACUCUUGCCAUUAAUCAUGCUUGUUCUUCUAAUCUCUAAGGCUGUUGGUGAUUUCUUUAAUGAGGGGCUAUAUGAAGAGCAGGCCCGAUUAAAGGGCAUCCCUUUACUUGACUCUAGGCCUAAACAAGUGAUGAGAAACAUGAAUGCAAAGGAUGCCUGCAAGAAUCAAAAGGUUGUGUGCCUUUCUCGUGUUUCAAGAGUUGUUGAUAUUGUUUCUGUUCUGCAAAGCAACAAGCACAAUGGCUUCCCUAUUGUUGAACGUGGGCAGAAUGGCGAGUCGCUUGUCAUAGGUCUCAUACUUCGUAGUCACUUGUUGGUGCUUUUGCAAUCUAAAGUAGAUUUCCAGAAUACUCCUUUCCCUUGUGGGCCAGGCAUACUGAACAGGCACAAUUUUAGUGACUUUGUUAAGCCAGCUUCAAGUAAGGGGAAGUCGAUUGAUGAUAUUCAUUUGACGGAUGAGGAACUUGGUUUGUAUUUAGAUCUUGCCCCAUUUCUAAAUCCGUCUCCUUACAUAGUGCCAGAGGACAUGUCUUUGGCAAAGGUGUACAAUCUCUUCCGCCAACUAGGAUUGAGGCAUAUCUUCGUCGUUCCUCGGCCUUCUCGUGUCGUAGGACUGAUAACAAGAAAAGAUCUCUUACUCGAGGAGGACGGCAAUACUGCGACAACAGAGCUCCAGUCGACCAGUGUAAGAGCCUACCUGAACGGUAAAACGGCAGGGGGGAGCGUGCACCUGGAGCGUCCUCUUCUUGACAGUCUGAUGAUCGAGCAGUAAAUACAUAGAAGAACAAGAUGUCUCAAAAGACAAUUUUGAUAACAAGCAGUUAACCUUCCACUGAAUGGUACACAAACCAAUCAACACCCAAUGGACUACAUAUGCAGGAUUCUUCAAGGUCGAUGCAACGGGGAGGAUGGCCCCAUGCGGUGGUGACAAAUUAGGCGAUUGUAAACAAAAAUGUUUAUAGACUCACUGAUGUUCAUACCAGUCAUGUAAACCACGAGAAAUUGAAUUUAUUCUGAAUUAAUUCCUUCGCUGUGGUUGACAUGACAUGACGAGGAAGAUAUAGCAGGUCGGUCCGUUCAGGUUUC